UACGCUUCGCUCUGCUGUUUAAUGAAUCGCACGAUUGUUUGCGUUAUAUUGGAUCCGAUGCAUCAUCAGGCAUCGGCUCGCCCCUAACUAAUGCAGCUCCGUUUGAAAUGCACGUUAGACAUACGAAUAAAGAACUUCUUCCACAUGAUCGAUUAAGUAUAUAAUUUCCUUCGAUUUAUAUGAUCAUUUGCUACCUUCUCAGUUUUACCAUCUUCGAUUUAUAUCGUUCUUACGACAGUGUUUGAAAAAGACUUUAAUUAUAUAUUCCUGCUUAUAUAUGUCAUCAUCUUCUCGUUCGCAUUUGUCAAGUAUUUUAAACGGUUCCGAAACAGAUAUCGGUUUGACAGAGUAUAAAAUAGUUUCGUUAAGAAUAUAUAGUGUUAAGAAUGGAUCCUGCAACAGCUAUAGCUCGUUCCAAGGAAAACAUUCAACCGUUGCGAUAUGGUCGAAAUGCUACACAGUUAGGGACUGCUCUGAGAGCACAAGAGGAUAUAGAUGUUCAGCAGUUACUUCUACAGGAAAAGCAAAUGUAUGAAGCUGCUAUAAAAAAUUAUGAAGGAGAUGAUCCUUUAGAAAACUGGUAUGAAUAUAUACUGUGGGUAGAGCAAAGUCAUCCAAAAAGUGGACACGAGUCUCACAUUGGUAAACUUCUACAACAAUGCUUAGCUAUAUUUGAAAAAGAGACCAAAUAUCACCAGGAUCGUAGAUAUAUACGUCUUUGGAUUAAUUAUAUCAGCAUGCAAAAGAAUCCAUUAGAACUAUAUCAACUUUUAUACAAUAAUGGAAUCGGCACUAUGGUUGCAGAUAUGUAUAGAGCAUGGGCUUUUGAAUUAGAACAGAUAGAAGACUAUAAACGGGCGGAUAAUGUUUAUAUAAUGGGUUUGUCUGCCAAAGCAGAACCUCUAGAAGAAUUGGAUUAUGCUCAUAAAAAUUUUCAAUUAGCAGUUGCGCGUAAAACCUUGGGUCACACUGAUGAUCGUAGCGAGAGGUCAUUGUUUGAACAGCGUCAGGCUUUCAGCUCAUUAAGAGCGAUAAAAGCUGGAAAGAAAGUUAGUAGUGUGCGUACUGGGCAUCGAGUACGCGAACACUGUCCAGGCACUGUUCCUCAAAUUACUGCAGGAAUGCAUAGUGUAAAUUCGAGGGUACUCAUAUACCAGGACGAUGUUCCUGCCGAAUUGAAGAGUUCUAUACUUGAUCAUGUUCCAAUAGAAGACACAGUUCACAAAGAGAAUACUAUUAAACCUGGUCCAUGGAAUAAUGGACACAAACGAUGUCCAUUGAUGACAUCGAUCACAAAGUCAGCUUUUAAAGUUCACGAGGAUCAACUGGACGAGUUUGACGGAAGCAAAUUAAGAUUAUUCCCAAACCAUACGUAUUUUUUUGAUGGCAGUAAAUAUUCCGAGUAUUUAACAGUGCCUGUAUUUGUACCCGAUGCUCCAAAUCCAAAUAUUAUAUUAAGACCGCAUUAUCCAAAAGAUUUAGUGUACGCAAAUAAUAUGGAUAUGAGCAUGGAGGAAAUUAGGGUCCAACGAUAUUUACAGAGAGCACAAGCUUUAGAGAAACGAAACGAAACUCAAGAUAUAAGGGAUGUUGAGUCACAGGUCCACCAUAAAAACUACGAAGCUGAACAGCAUGUCCAUCACAAAAGUUUCGAAGCUGAACAACAAAAACACAAUAUAUCCUUGCAAGAAAUGUUAAGACAGAGACAAGAGUUCAAACAACAAGAAGAAUUAUCGGAGAGACAGAAAAAAUUGCAACAACAAAGAGAAGCUGAGCAGUUCGAAAUAGAUAGACAGAGGCUUCAGGCCGAGCAAGAGAGGCUUCACAGGCAACAAUACGAAGCGGAAAAUCAAGCGUUAGAGAACCAAAGGCGCGAGGCAGAGCAAAGAGAGUUGGAAAGACUGGAAGCCGAACGAAUCGAGGUGGAGAGAGCUGAAGCACAGAGGAUGGAAGCAGAAUUGAAUUCACAACGUAAACUGCAAGCUUCUAAUUUCUUGCAUCAACAUCAUACGUCAUCCUUAACUGCUGAACCAGAAGAACACUUGCUCGGACAAAGCAUCACGGUUAAUACGAAAGAAGCCAUGUCGGUUGUACAGGAUAUGUGGCGUUCGCCGGACACAGGAUCUUCAGUUCCCAAUUUUCGUAAUUCCAUGACGCCUAGAAUUCCAGACUCGAAAGUUUUGAAAAUGUGUUUCGACAUACAUUUGGAUAGCUCGAUGACUCAGCAUGCAAUGUCUAGUAGUAAGCAUCAUUCAGGAUACAACAUACAGCCGUACAACGAUCAGGAGAAUCACCAAAAUUAUUCUACCCAUCAGCCUUAUGCUGCUCAAGAACAUCAGACCUCUUAUAGUCCUGGAUUACACAAUACGUAUCAAUAUCAAAUACAGCAGCAUCAUGAGCAACAACAAGUACAACAAUCUCAUUCCCGGUCACAUCAUACUCAACACCACCAACAGUUGAUGCAAACACACCAACAGGCUGCCCAUGUAAUGGCGCACCAUCAGUCUCUUACACAUCUGUCACAUCUACAAAGCCACAGCCAGAUCCAACACCAUCAAAGCCACCAUUCUCAGCAACAUCAACCGUCGCCUAAUCAACAUCUUCAUCAUCAGUCGCAUCAGCAUAUGCAGCACAUGCAACACACUGUUUACAGCAGCAUGGCUCCGAACGAUAUCCCGUACCAACAGUAUCCCUCACAACUGGAGUCUACAUUAUUGCAGCACAACGUGGAGCCUCAGAAACAACUCCAUUACUCUCCAAACAACGAUCCCGAUAUUGAAACUAGCAAACCAUAUAGAAUGCCUCCCGAGUUGCCCUAUAUAAAGUCCCCCGGUAUGAAUCGCAGAGACAUAAAGUAUCUCGAAGGCGCUGAAGACAAAGAGAACGCUAUUGUAGUUGAUUAUAAUGGACCGAUAGAAGAGAACAUGACAUCCAAGCCGGUCGACGAAAACAAUUUAUACAUUGACGAAAGCCUUGGUAUUAGUCCACUGACGGGCAACAAUGAUACAUGUUACACCGAAGCAUUUAAUACGCAACUAACUAGCUCUACACCUAUGACUAAUCAUUUUAGACAAUCCUACAAACCAGCCGAAGGAACUUCACAAUAUGUAAACCAGUGCUCAGCACCUCAACCAGCUACAGAGGUACCCAACGCAGAAGGUGAAGAAAAAUUAAGUGUUAUAUUAGAAUCUACUAGGGAAUAUAUCUCGAGCAGUUCCAGCAGCAGUGGCCACAUCAGAACUGCCGCAUCGGGUUUCACUUUCACCAAAGAAGAUUUGGUUCCUAUAAAAGAACAAGGUGAAAGUGAUGAAGGUACAGACAUCACGUUGCCUUCCACUCAACCCUAUGAACAAACGCUCCAAGCCCAAAUACAAGCUGUACAUGCCCAAAGCCCUCGUACCGUGCAACGUAACGUAGAUCAAAUUACUUCUGAGAUCAAGAAGAAUUGCGAUCUACGAAAAUCGAUCAACUUCAAAUUAAACGAAGUGGAGGAACAAGAAAAACCUGAUACGAUGGAAUGUGAAGAGCACCACGAGCCUAUGGAACAAGCCGAGGAAGAAAUCUUUCAAUUCCCUUCAGGAGAUCUAAAUCCAUUUGACAAAGGCUUGAUAGCCAGCCUUUUAAAGAAAAUUAAAUUCCCUCAACCACACCACGCAGAAGGAUAUGUGAGAUUAGAUACUAAUUUAAAUAAGCUUGUGCCUUCUACUACGGUUAUGCUCGGUAAUGAAACGUACGAUUUGGCAAAGUGCCUUGGGAAGGGAAUGUAUGGUACAGUAUUUAGUGCAGCAAAUCUCCAAACAGGUCAAACGGUUGCUUUGAAAACUCAAAAACCUGCCUGGGUUUGGGAAUUUUAUAUCACUAGAGAAAUAAAAGCUCGCCUCACAAAUCCACACGUGCUACGCGGAUUUAUGGAUGUUUCGAUGGCAUACGUUGCAAACAACAGCAGUGUACUAGUCUCAGAGUACUCCAGAUUUGGGACAUUGUUAGCAGUAACGAAUCAAAUAAAAAUCGCAACAGGUAAACCGUUGGUGGAACACUUAGCUAUAUUCUUCACAAUCGAAAUGUUGCAAAUUGUGGAGUACUUACACAAAUGCCAAAUAAUACACGGGGACAUUAAGCCAGAUAAUUUUCUGUUGAUGCGUUUACCUACGGAGGAUGUAAGACCAACAAUACAGCUAAUCGAUUUCGGGUGUAGUAUAGAUAUGAGUCUGUUGCCAGAAAAGACAACAUUUACUCAAGUCAUAAAAACAGAAGAUUUCACAUGCAUCGAAAUGCAAACAGGUAGACCCUGGACAUACCAGACGGAUUUGUAUUGUUUAGCCGCAACGAGUCAUUGUUUGCUAUUUGGUAACUAUAUGAGAGUUUCGAAUAUAAGCGGUCGUUGGUUCAUUACCACAAAAAUACCAAGGUACAUGAAGAGAUCAGCGUGGGAGCAAUUCUUCAUAGAGUUAUUAAACGUUGAGUCCUGCGAUAAAAUGCCUGAUCUGUCUAAAUUGCGCAAUAUGAUGGAGGAGACAUUAGCGAAAAUGACAGAAACGCAACAAAAAAUUAGAAACUUUGUCAAUAUUCUGAACAACCGAUAACACUUACUCAAUGUGCUGUAUCGAAUGUUAUGUUCCAAUUUGUGCACAUACUUAGCGAAGAAGCAGAAGAGGAAGAGAACAAGAAGGAGAAUUAAUAUUAUUAUGCUAUUUAUUAUAAAAGUUAAUAUUACAGUGAUAUAUGUACUACACAGUUAAUAAUACAUGAAAAAAUGCACUUUAUGGCCUGCUUCGUGGAGGCUCUAACGAACUAUAUUGCUUGCACAUAAUUAAUUCGACUAGGAAUACUAAAUAUUUGAUUCAAUUAUAAAAAAAAAGGAAAGAGAGAAAAAAUAAUGAGAGGUAAACAUGAUAAACUUUUAUAUUACUGACAUUUUGUGCGCCAUACAUUAUAAAAAUGUCUUUCAAGAUACCUCGUGACGCAGUACCUGGAUGUUAGCAUCUGUCACGUAAAUUAUGUAAAGACAGAUUUGUAUAAUAAAGUUGAGUAAAAAAGAACAAGACUUCAAGAACACGAGAUAUGUAAAAAAAAAUAAUAUUUAUAAUACAAUGCACGUGUGAUAAAUGCGGGCAGUUUAUCUAUGUAUGUAGUGUUUAUAUCUUAUAUAUAAAAUAAACUUUUGUUUUACGGAUUUUCAAAUUUCUUACGCGCACGUAUGUUCUAACGAGUUUUAUUGGAAAGAGAGACUUUUAAUUAUUAUCGUCGCACAUUCUGUAAAAACAAUAAAAAUAUUUUUAUUACAAUCUAUUGAUCUCAACGCAAACAUUUUGUUCCGUUUUAGCUAUCAUUUUAAAAUUUUGUUUUAAACUUAUUUUUUAAUGAAAUGUGAUUUUGUUUCGAAUGUGCAGGCUUAUUCGCCAGUAUCCACUAAACAGGCCUUUAUGUAGUAUAUUUUACAAAAAUAAAAAAAUUUAUUGUAUUAGAAAUAUGCAAAUGAUAAAACCUUCGGAUUUAUGUUCAAAAUAUUCAAUUUUAAAUUUUAUAAAAUGCACAGGAACACUAGGUUGUCCAUUGUUUAAAUAAUAAUAUAAGCUAUAUGUAUAGCAUUACAGACCUAUAAAUAAUAAUGGACAUCCUAUUGUUCUCGAUUAAAAAUUUCUCAGAAUAUGCCUUAUCUUAUUUUCGACGGUGCAACAUACAAAAUGUUUAGAUUCUAAUAAAAUAUUAUAUUACAUAUAAAUAUUCGCCAUGCCAUGUAAUAAAAGAGAAAUGACCGAAAAAAAGUGAAGUAUGGUACACGGCUCGAAUUAGAUUUAGUUAUAAACCGAGAGAAGCAUUGUCUCGUCAGUAGGUGACAUUUACUACCAUUAAUUUACUUAUUUUUAUAAAUAUUAGAAAAAUAUAUUUCUCUUUUGAAAUGUUUGAUCGUA